AUGGACAUGUUUAGCACAGCACCUGAUGAAUUGAACCAUGAUGAAAUAAGGAACGAAACUUUGAAAGAUGAACUAAAAGAAAACGACUUUAAAAGAGAAUACAUAGACAAUGAAAUAAAUAUAAAGAAGGAUGUUACCGAUUUGGAAAAGGAAAAUAAAAUUACCCCAUCAGUAAUUGAGCAAGUUAAAAAUGAUUUAAAAUCUAGUUUUGUUGAGAAUGUAAAAAAUGUAGAACUAAUCAAUAUGGAAAAUCGUGAAAAUAGUCAAAAUAGCCAAAUUUUGCAAAAUUCGCAAAAUCGUGAAAAUAUUCAAACUUUGCAAAAUUCGCAAAAUGAUCAAAAUUUAAAUGAGCAAAUGAAACCUCCAAAAAUACUAUUAAACAUGGAUGGAAACAACCAAAAUACUAUUUCAUCAAAAGGGUUUUUAUCUCCCCCUGCUUUUCAUGUAACUGAAAUUAUGCAUAAUGAGAAAUGUUUAAAAAAAACAAAAGGACACAUAACAGUAGAAAUAAAUGGAGAUAUAUGUGUAUAUGGUGGUAUGGAACAGAAUGUCUGUAUUGACAAUUUUGUUAGAUAUGUACCAGGAAUUAAUUUAUUUGAAAAAAUGAGAUUAAAUUCAGAGGAUAUACCUUAUAGAGCUUUUCAUUCAGGUAAUGUUAUAACGGAAGAUAAUAAAAAAUAUAUUGUUGUAUUUGGUGGUAUAAAUGCUCAAAAUAGUAUUACUGAUGAAGCAUAUAAAUUUGAUUUUCAAGCAAGAAAAUGGGAGCAUAUUAAAAAUGAAUGUAGACCACCUCCAAGAUAUAAACAUGCUUCUUUUAGUUUUGAUGAUGUAUUAUAUAUUCAUGGUGGUUUAGACGUAGAAAAUAAAUUACUAUCAGAUUUAUGGUGCCUCUCACAAAAUAAAUGGACUCAAGUUAAACAACUUGGGCCAAAACCAGAGGCAAGAUAUGGACAUAGUUUAAUGCUCGCUCCACAUGAAAGAGCACAAAUUGUUUUCUUAUUUGGGGGAAACAAACAAGGUUUCAAUAGUGCCUUAUCCGAUAUUUGGAUGUUUAAUAUUAAUACUAAUAUUUGGAGGGAGUUACGUCACUCUUCCGGUUCAAAGCCUUGCGCACGAUGGGGUCAUUCGACAGCUUUGAUUGACAACGAAUGGAUGGUAAUAUAUGGUGGUUUCACAAAUGGAUGGAUCGAAAAUUAUGCCUUAUCAGAUAUGUAUGCAAUGAAUAUAUACAAUUUCUCAUGGUACGAAAUUGAUAUAAGUUCUUCAAAAGCAUUUAAUCGAGGAUAUUUUGGAUCGCUUUGUUUAUUACCUUAUAAAAAAUCUUUACACGUUUUUGGAGGAACAAAUGGCUCAAAUGAAUGUUCUGAUGUAUUUAGUAUGUCACCUCUUGCCACGUAUGCUUCAUAUAAAGCAUUAACCGGUGUAAUUGAGCAAUUACACAGUAAGAUUAAACACAUUGAUGAAAAUGGCAAUGAAAAUGGCAAUGGAAAUGAUAAUGCACAUAUUAAUUUAGCAGAAUUUGAAUUAAAAUUUUCCGAACUAAAAAAUGAGGUUAAUAAUAUAAACAAUAUGAUGAGGGCCUUUGAAACAAAAUUUGCAGCUCUUGAAAAGUUAAACGAGCAGUGUGGAAAACUCCUUUCAAAAAAUAUCAACGCAGAAUCUUUGGAAAAAUUAGAAAAACGUAUAAUGAAAUUGGAGUCUUCCAAUGCCCUAAUGAAACAUGAUAGUAUAUAA